AUGAAAGAAAAACCAACUCCUACUUCGCCCUCCGUGCAGAGCAUUGGCCGCUGCAGAGUGAGCACCUUGCUGACUGACAGCUGCGAGUACCAGUUAAGCCAGGAAAAAAUCCUCAAAAUCAUGAACAUGGUGAAAAAUAAAGAAGUGAGCAUCGAAGGAGCUUUGCAUUUGGCACAGAAAGAGGUGUAUGCUGACAAGGAUUCACAGGAUUUAUUAACGGGAUCACAAUUUAACUUCAUCAUCUACAAAUACAAACACUAUCGGUGGCAGAAACGAAUUUUACAGAUUGAUUUCAAUGCAAGGACCAUUUUUAACAUAGAAAAAGGAAUUAUUAAGAAGCAGUUCCCUUUCUCCCAAGUCAAAGCCUGUGAAGACACUGAAAGGAGACGCUUCAGCAUUGUGUUUCAUGGCAGACAAGACUAUGAGCUGGAAGCUGUGUCUCUUGAUGAUAAAAGGAAGAUAAUAUACCUCCUGAGCAGAGUCAUUUUGAGCAAUUCCUACAAGAGGCCAGUGGAGUCCUGCCCUGAGAGACCUGCAGGGUGUGAUGUGAUCCACGAAGGGCUCUUGGAUUUGCAGCAAAACACUUUUGCAUCCACUGAAUGGGUGAAGUUUCGAAUACCCUUUACUGUCCAGAACAACAGGCCAGAGGAUGUUAGCAAGCUCCAGAGUGAGUGGGUGAACCUCCUAGAAAAGUACUGCCAGCUGUGCCAGGCUGUGUCCCUGUCUCAGGAGGGAUCUGAAGGAUGCACCUCCUCUGAAGCCGAUUAUGAGGAGUUUAUUGCACCUCUGAACGAAGAGAAAGAGGAGAGUUUCCAGUUUGGUAUUCAAAAAUCUGUCUGGGCAUCAUGUGAUCCAUACAAGAGAAAAAUAGAUGCCUCCAGACUCUGUGAGCAGUUCCAGAUCCAGGACACAGCAGUGUUUUCGGGCAACGAACCUUCAGUGAAUCAGCACAUCAUGUUAGAUCCAAAGGUUGCACAUAACUUCAACAUUUUCCUUAAGAGUUUCCGGAUCAAACCGAGUGAGCUCAAAGACAAACUCUAUAUCAUCCAUGAGGAGAGUGGUGGACUUACAGAUGAGCAGAUUACAGCACUGAGAAGAUACAUGCCAACACAAAAAGACACAGAAAGGUACCAAUCAUUUAAGGGCUCUUGUUCUGAGCUGCAUGUGGUUGACCAGUUUAUGUUAGAGAUGUGUAAAAUCCCUCACUUAGGCCAGAGGUUGGAUCUGCUGCUUACUCUCCGUGAGCUGCCUGUGAGCAUGAGAGAUUUGGAGCCUCUGAUAAACCAGAAAAUCCAAGCAAGUAAGCAGCUGCAAUCCAGCCUGAAGUUUGUUGCUGUCCUGGAGUACAUUUUAGCCAUUGGGAACCAUUUAAAUGAAAAGGCUGGAAAAGGGAUGACUAAAGGAUUUCGGUUGUCAUCUUUGGCCAAAUUGCCUCUGCUGAGGGGUAAAGAGAGAACCUUCACCUUGCUUCAUGCCCUUGUGGAACAGAUCCUCUUACAUGAGCCUGAUCUGGCCACAUUUCCUCAGGAGUUGACAGAAUUUGAAGCUGUUCCUGAUGCUUCCAUGAAGGGCCUCAGUGCUGAAGUUGAUGUUUUAAGAAAAGAACUGGAAAACAUUAUUCAGUGCAGGAGACUUAUUAAACCCAAGACAACCAAGGCAACACCCCAGGAGUCACAGUUCUGCAGGGAAUUAAAGGAUUUAAUUCAGAAAUAUGAAGGGGAUCUAGCCCAGCUGUCAAAGAGAUGUGAUGAGAUGAAGAAGCUUUACAGCAGCAUCCUGGUCAAGUUUGGGGAACCACAAGACUUGGACUCCCAGGAGCUCUUUGGAUGGAUAUCCUCAUUCAUUAGUGAGUUUAGGAAGGUCUGUGCUGAAAUCAUGCAGAAGGAGAACACAAACCUUGUAAAGAG